CGCAGUUGUGUGUUCGGAAAGAUUUCCACACUACUCUACAAAACCACAGGUCGUUGUGUUAGUACUGUGGGAAGUUUCGACAUCUUUGGAAAAAUCAGUCUGCUUAUGGAUUUGUUUCCUAACACCAGAUUUGGUUUUAACAACAGAAAACUGAAGGCAGCUACAAUUGUAUGGUCGCCAUUUGUUGAAAGGAAUAAAGACAAGAAUGGAAGGGACGUCUUUGAGGGAAUCUGUAUGGAUCUUCUACAUCAGCUGGCUUUAUCUCUUAAUUUCACUUAUGAAGUCAUGGAGACACCGGAUGGGGAAUUCGGUACAUUAGUCAAUAAUUCCUGGACAGGUCUCGUUGGAUUAUUACAAAGAGAGGAGGUGGACUUGGUUGUAGGACCACUGACCGUAACUAAGGAGAGAGAAGUGGUCAUGGACUUCAUCUACCCUUUCUACCACGACUACGGGAAAGGGAUAUACCGGAUGCCAGAUCCAGUGAAGUCCAAAUGGAAGACUCUACUCCGUCCGUUCAAGUGGCAAGUCAUUGUGGCGCUAGGUGGCGUGUUCGUCUGCUCAGCGCUCAUCCUGUUCACCACAAAGAAAGCCGUACUUCACGUAAAGACCAGCCACAAAUACAAAUACAGCAAGGACUUCAUCCUCACAGACAGUGUGUGGUACACGUUUGGAACCUUUAUCAAACACCACGCCAGAUAUGAGCACGUGUCAGGAACAACCAAAGUGUUCGUGAGUUUCCUGUGGUUCUUCAGCACGAUCAUCAUCGCGGCGUACAGCGGUAGUCUCGUCGCCUUCUUGACGGUAAAGAAGACGAGUCCGCCAUUUAAAACACUGGCAGAAGUAGCCAAGCAGGAUACUUACGAGUGGGGAACAAUUGGAGGAAGUAUGUGGGUCACCUUGUUUACGCGGUCUAAUCUGACUGUGUACAAAGACAUCUGGAACGGCGUGCAGCGUUUUGCCAGCACGGAUCAGAACGUGCUGAGCUCGUUAGACGGCGUUCACAAGGCCAAGGUGGAGAACGGCAACUACAUCUUCUUCUUCGACGGCGACAUCAUUCAGCUGUGGUCGGAGGCGAACUGCGAUCUCGUGAUGCUGGAGGAGACGUUCUACCAGAUCCAGUACGCGGUCGGACUUCCCAACAUGUCGCCCUACAAGAAACUCUUCUCAGACACAAUGCUGGCUAUAGAACAAAGCGGACUGCUGGAUAUUUGGAAGAAGCGAUGGUGGCCGAAGGGGAACAUGUGUGUGGGUGAGCAGGAACUUGUGGCUCGGGUCAUUGACAUUGUCGACAUGCAGAGUGCGUUCUACGUCUUGUGUAUCGGUCUGUUCGUGGGGACGGUCAUACUCACUGUUGAAAAACUACGACGGUAACAACUGGUACAACUACAUCAUCAGCUCGAAUUGGAAUAAUAUCAUUCUUAGCGAUGGCAUCUGCCAACAUGACAGUUUGCAAUUGGCUUGUUUCUUCAUGAACACCUGAUGCAAUCAUUGUUUGGAGAAUGUUCUGCACGUGAACACAGCUGAUUUAGUUUCCAGUGAGCUCUGUCAUGUAUAUUGGAAGUAUCACGACAGUAACGACUGAUACGGUUACACCAUCAAGUGGAAUUGGAAUAACAUCAUUCACACCGAUAGCAUCUGCCAUCAUGGUAGUUGUAUUGGGGUUUUUUCAUGGACGGAUCAAUGACUAAAAUGAUGUCUGGAGCUGUAAACUAUUUUGACGUGUACAUUCAUUUUAAUCUUUUGGGUGAAAAUCGUGUACGUAAUUUUCAUUCCUUAGAUUAAAAUAACGGACGUGGAAAAUAUUGGCGGCGGUGUGGCAAGAUGUACUCACAAUUCGCGAUUUAGAUUUGUGUAAUUUGUCUGGGAGUGGCAGUCUUACAGGCGAAGUAUAUAUGUCAUCCUUGGAAGUGGCACUCAUCCUAAUGGUGAAACACUUGACUGUGACUCAUGGCAGAACUCAUGAUAUUGUCACAACGUCUUUUUGACUGACUAGUGCGGAGAUGCGAUUUUGAAAAUAUGAAUGGUUUUGUUGUUCAAAUUAGUUUAAGAUUUAUUUUAAAAGCAACAUGCACAUGGUCGCAUUAAUCUUGGAAAAAACUUGAUACGUCUUGGAUUUUGCAAUAAUGAUUUAAGAAAAGUACUUGAAAGUAGAAGCUAUACUUGUGGUAUUGUUAAGAGGCACUUGUAACCACAUACUAUACUCCCCUACUACCGGCGGUCGUUAGAAUAAGGACCCAUUUUUCUUUUUAAAAAUGAGAUGCGUUCGGUAUCUACAGUAUUGUUAAAUUGUUAUGUCUUCGUUUGUUACCUAUCAUAUGUUGUGAUUUCAGCUCUUUUCAGUUGUCUGUACUAUCUCUGAGCUCUUUUAGGUAGCACCUUCUGGAGCAAGCCACCCCAAUCCAUGUCAUGUCUUCCCACAUAACUUCAUUUGUCCUCCACAUUCCUUCUCCGGGUGCUUAUGAGUCUUCUGUAACCAUGUGUUGGCCUGCUCAAAUAGCAAUAUGUUUCCGUUCAGUCUUAGGAGUGGGAACUGGGUCAGUUGGUAGAGCAUUCGCUUGAGAUGCUUUUGUCGUAGGACUGAAUCUCAUCAGUGGUCAUAUUCUCGAUUUUCUUCCAUUUCAACCAGUGCCCCACGACUGGUAUAUUAAAGGCCGUAGCAUAUGCUGUCCUGCUUGUGGAAAGUGCAUAUAAAUGAUAUCUUGCUGCUAAUGAAAAAUAUGAAACAGGUUUCCUCAAAGACGAUGUCAGAAUUAUGAAAUGUUUGACACCCAGUAGCUGAUGAUUAAUAAAUCAAUGUGAUCGAACUGUUCGAUCUUACAUGGUCACAUGAUCUCCAUCCUCGUUGUUUUAGCGGGUUGCUGAUGUGGUUGUUGGUGUAUUCUGAUCUUUCAUCUUGUAUGCUGAAUGUGAAGUGGUUUUCUGAAACACCAUCUGUCAAAAUUCCCCCUCGGCUCUCAAUCGUUCUAUUUUUUUUUUUUUUUUUUUUUUUUUUCCAAGGUAAGGUAUGUAAAUACGUAUCAAGAGAUCUUGAUGCAGACUUUGUCUGGUGAGCAAUCGGAAGGGAAAUGCAUAUUAUUUUGAUCAGGUUUACGAAACUUACCUCAUUGCACAAAAUUAUGUGCAUGUUCUUAUUUGCAUAAGCAGAACGUGUUUGGUCGCGUACAUCGGAUACUCUGGCAGGACAAUAUUUGAUUUAACCUACGUAAUUGCUUGUUUUGUCAAUAAAUUGUAUAGAUUGUAUACAGUGCUGGUUAUUUGUGGAAGUUCAGCAUGAUCUGAACUACGACAGCACGUUUUCAGUGUAAUCCGGAAGUUGUCUAUACCAUUAAUAAUGUAUUAAAUGUAAACAUCACAAAUGGAAAUUUGUAGGAAGAAGACUUAAUAUAUGAUUUGUCUGUUAUUCCA